GAGGCCUACGAAACGCCCUCGUUGCGCGGGAGUUUGGGGGGUGUCGCGCGUUUGGCGCAAGCGCACGGCGUGCCGGUGAGUCGUGCCCGUGCGAAAUUGCAAGGGUUGUUGAGUUACACCUUGCACAAACCGCGACGACGACGGUUCCCGACCUUACCGGUGGUGGUGCAUGGGAUGGACGACCAAUGGGUGGCCGACCUGGUGGAGAUGCAACCGUUGAAAAAAUGGAAUCGGGGGAUGCGCUAUUUGUUGACGGUGGUGGAUGUGUUGUCCAAAUACGCGUGGGUGGAACCGUUGAAGAGCAAGACGGGCGUGGCGGUGGCCGCGGCGUUCGAACGCAUCCUGAAACGCGCCCGAGGACGCCACCCCGUGCGAUUGCAGACGGAUGCCUGCAAAGAGUUUUACAACCGCUCCUUUCAGGCCCUGAUGACGCGUCGAAAGAUUCAUCAUUUCUCGACCUACGGGAAUACCAAGGCGUCGGUGGUGGAACGAUUCAAUCGCACCUUGAAAGAACGCAUGUACCGGUACUUUACCGCCCGCAACACGUACCGGUACGUGGACGCGUUACCCGCGUUGGUGCAGGGCUACAAUGUGACCAAACACCGCAGCAUCGGCAUGGCCCCUCGCGACGUGACGUGGGCCAACCAACGCCAAGUGUGGGAACGUUUGUACGGGAAACGUCUGGCGCGCCGCGUGCGUCCCAAAUGGAAAGCCGGGGAUCGCGUGCGUUUGCAGAAACAGCACCGUCCGUUCGAGAAAGGCUAUCUGCCCGGGUGGACCGAAGAGGUCUUUCUCAUCGACCGGGCCGUGCCGGGACCCGUGGCCACCUAUAAAAUCAAGGAGUGGGACGGCACGCCCGUCAAAGGCACCUUUUACGAGCAAGACGUGCAGAAGGUCGACGUGCCGGACGACGCGCUGUUUCGCGUAGAGAAAGUGUUGCAGCGUCGACGCCACGAGGUCAAGGUGCGUUGGAAAGGCUGGCCCAAAAAAUACGACAGUUGGAUCCCCAAGCGUAGUCUGGCCUCACUAAAAUGAGUCGUCGGGUGGCCUUGAUGCCCGCCCCCGUUGCGGGACCGUUGGCGGCACCGUUUGGUCGUAUGCAGAGUGCCCCGCUACCUAGCCAAAAGACCUGGAUGGAUAUGAUGGAACGGUUGGAGGCCAAGUACGGACCCCAAGCCAAACGCACCAAGAGAAGGAAGAAGAAGAGGGUCAAGAAGGUCAAGAAGGUCAAGACGGUCAAGAAGAAGCGACCCUCCAAGAAGGCCCAGCGAGCGUUCCGGGCCAAAUUGCGAGGCAUGGUCAAGCGCGGGAAGAGCGUCAGUUUGGACACGACCUUGCGUCAAUUGGUGCAAGCCUUUCCCCAGGCCGAUCACACCUUAAAGGUCAGGCCCAAACGCUCCAGUUUGAAUAGCACGGUGGGCCGGGUGCCCGGGUCCAAGCGUAAAUUGAAUACGUUCCUAUAAAAAAAGAGGUCCGACGUCCACCCGACAGGAGACGCGAGAUGGAACCGUCGAGUCGAUCACUAUACGUCACGCUGCUGAGUAACACCAGCAAGCCGGAGUUUCCCCACAAUACCCCGGCUUCGUUCAAGGUACGAUUGCCGUACCCUUUGCGCGUCAAGAACUGGCAAGUGGGUGUGGCCGGGGUCUACUUACCCGGACCCCCCAACACGGUGUCGCAUGGGGUGACGUCACAUCCCGUGACGACCACCACCACGCCGGUGGCCCCUCUCACGGAACAUCGACAGUCCAAUUUGUUCAGGGGAUCGGCCAACCAACGAUUGGCACGCAUGUAUGCCCGUGCCAUGAAGGAAGACGAUUCGACCAGUACGCAAGAUAUCACCGUGACCAUGGAGGAUGCCGACAUGCCCGAAGCCACCACGGGGGUGACGUUUAUGAAAAAAGUGGUCCGUUGGUUGGAACAAGACAAGCUGACGAAACCCUAUCCCAAGUAUGUGUUUGGGACCGCCGAAGUGAAUUAUGAUCUUCGGUUCGAAUGGAAGGACGAGGCGGGGGUACCGACGUUGUGGAUCCUGAAUGAUAAACUCAACAUUACCUACAACAAACCGCGCCCUUACUUGGGGUUCAAUCAGGUGAUGGCUCAACAAAUGGGAUGGUUGGUGAAAAAAGAGGACAGGUCGUAUACCCUGGGGCCCAAUUUGUUGAUGUUCCCGCAUGUGAACCGGGUCAAGUCCCCGAAGCUCUCGGCCGAUGGGGAUAGGAAUCAAUUGUUCACGUUUUCCAACUACGUGCACGUGUACCGAACCAUGUUGUAUCUGUCCAUGGUGAUGGAUUGGCAGUUUGUGAAUUUGGACGAAGCCUAUGCUCGGGCCACCACGCACGUGUACGUCCCUCCCAAGGUCCUGUGGAAUCAUUUCCGAUGGAUCAUGGACGACGAGAGCGUGUGGCUCAAGGAUGGAGGGAUUAGUUCCUUGGGGUUUGUCAAUCUGGAAGGGUCCCCCCAUUAUUGGAAGAAGAAGACCGUGGGCAUGAUGUUGACGAAAAGCGGCAACAAGUACGAACCCAAGUUCGGUUGGGUCAUCGGCACCACCAAGCUGAAAAUGGGGCUCACGUAUCGAAUCGUGAUCGAGGUCUACACGACCGACAAGGUCUUGUUCGACAAGACGCGCGUGAGUGCCGCGAAUAAUUUGUACGUGCAGAUGAUCGAUUCGGCGUUGACGACGCACGUGCAUGAAUACCUGGGCACGCACCUGGUGUAUUACCAUCGCCUCGUGCAAGAUUUCCGGUUGACGCAGGAUUCGGACCGGACGUCGCGGUUGUACAUCACGGUGACCAUCGACGGCGUGCCCACCUCGUAUCCGGCCACGUUGACGGAUCAAUGUUACGUGGUGGUCUACGGGUACACCAUCGGGGCGCCGUGGCCACCCAUGAGUCAAGUCGACGACGUGUACGACGAUCAUCCGGUCAUUCGACGAGACACCACCACCACGUCCACCAGCAGUACCACCGAAACGACCACCAAGCCCACGCAUAAGGGGAGUCAAGACAAACAGAAAAAGACCACGAUGACGCCUGCGACGCACGGGGAGCAGGCCACGCGUCCGGUGCACCUGUACUGCAAUGUCGGCGAGAGCAGCAUCGUGGGCACGCAGAUCACGAACUUCUUGCGAGACCUACCCUAUAAAGACCAACCCAUCCGGUGGGAACUGGAACACGUGCAGUAUCACCGGGUGCGUGGAGACACGCUGGAGAUUCUCGAAGUGGAAGUGGCCGAGACGAACGGCCAGUUGAUGACCUUGAACCCAGCGGGAGAGACGCAAGUGACGUUGCAUUUCCAGGCAUGAAUCGUAUCGUGUUGGUCAGCGAUCCGACCAAAGAGUUUCCCACCAACACCACCAGUUCGUUCAAAGUGCGCCUGCCCGUGCCUUUGGAAUUGAAGGGGGAAGGAUGGAAGGUGGGGCUGGCGGCCAUCUCCACCCCGGAUGCCGCCUUGGACUUGUCGAGACUCACGACGGCCGUCAACCCACGCGUGCUCAUCCUGGGCUGCAAGUUGGUGGGCAGUUUGAGGCCCGACGUCAUCCCGUACCACCAGCUGACCACCAUGCAGAUCAAGGAUAUCUUGCACGAUCCCGGCGUGGUGGAUGGGGUGAGUCUGAUGAAAUCCCUCAUACGAAAAUCGCAGUCUUACGAGAUGGUGGCCGCCCAACAGAAGGGGAAACGGCUCUACGACAAGUUUCGGGUCACGUACGAAUGGGACGGCGAGGACCUGCGCAUGCUGGCCAAGGAGUUGGACGACAUUGCCUUGACGACCGGCAUGUCGUUCGUGCAAUGGCACGUGCACGUGUCCAUGGCCAAGUUGAUGGGGUGGUUGGUGGAGACGGGGAAGGACAAGUACGCCUUGGGACCCAAUCUCCGUUACGAACUCAUUUACAAGACGCAGAAUUCGGGGAAUUAUUACAAAGACGUCAAGAACACGGAACUGAACAACCACGACCUGUGGAAAAUAGAAAGCGACCACUUACAAUUGAGUCAGACCCUCAAUUGGCGCUUCAGUAACUUGAACGUCGCGUUCCGAGAGGUGGUGGGGGAACCUUCGCGCACCUUUCUGGUCUACUCGGACCUGGUGGACAGCAAUAUCGUCGGCGGCCAACAACAUGCGCUGGUGCGCGAAGUGGAGUACCGGCGCCAAGGCCAGGGCGUGGCCUACUUUGAACCCUUGCACAUU